UUUUCAGCGAGCACGAGCGUUUUGGGUUUUACGUGCACGUUGGAUUAGGGUAUUCGCAACCGGCCGGUGAGAGUGAGCGAGGAUACCGAGAUAACGAGCACAUCCUCGGCCGUUGGUCCUCUUGAGUCGUCGAAAAACAUAUCCGGAAAAAUGAGUCCGUACCGGGAAUCCAGGAGCUAACGGCUGCUUGAACCUCGACCGUUGGAUGUUAAAUUUAAAAGUUUCGGACGGUUAUUUGUGAGCUGCGGUGAUAAACCACCGAGAGGGACAGGUGUCCGUCUCCCCUCUUCACCCCCCCCUCCCCCCUCCCCCAUAGACUGUCGUACGUACGACCGGGGCUAGGAGUUUUAACUUUUCUAUUUCUACAAAGCUGGACUUUUCUGAGCCAUGUUGUUUACAAGGUGGCUCGUCCUGCUGCUCUGCUGGGGGGCCACAAGCGGUGAGCAGCAUCAGCCGGAUGAGAGGGACGGGACCCCUGUUGAGGCCCGGUCGGACUCCCAAAGACAGCGGUCCCCUCCACCGGUGGAGCCGUUGGAUUUUGGGUUUGUACCGUCGGCGGUUUAUGAUACCCACGCUUAUUACGAGCCAGGGCCCAUAGGGAUACUCUUCCACAUGGUCCACGCUUUUCUCUACGUUAUUCAACCGAACUCCUUUCCCAAAGAUCUGAUUGUUAAAGUCAUUCAACAAAACAUGGGAGGAAUCAAAAUAGAAGAAUGGAGAAAGCCAGAUAAUGUGGUCCUGUUACUACAGAUGAUCUACUACGAGGCUGGAUUCCUCAUAUGUUCGUCCAUCGGUGUCACGUUUGUGAUCCUCAUCCCCAUCAUAGGCAUGUGUUUCUGUGUGUGUCGGUGCUGUGAGAACUGCGGAGGGGAGAUGCAUCAGAGACAGAGAAAGAACAUCGACUGUCAGAGAGGUUUCUACACCGCCUCGCUCAUCGCCACCUCCAUCUUCAUCACUCUGGGAGUACUCAUUGCCUAUGCUGCGAACCAUAAUGUCAGCGCCCAGAUUAAGAGCACUCGGCGACUCAUCAACACCAACAUGAGAGACCUGAAGACAUUUGCUAACAACACACCUGCGCAAAUUGAAUACCUGACAGCCCAGUACACCACAGCAAAGAACAAAGUCCUGUCAGACCUUGACAACAUUGGACCUCUGCUGGGUGGGAGGAUCCACAGUCAGCUGGAGAGAGAGGUGAUUCCCUCACUGGACACUGCGCUGCGAAUGGCAGGAGCCAUGCGGGAGACUAAAGAGGCCCUAGAGAACGUCAGCUCGUCUUUGGAGGUUCUUCAAGAGGGGACGAGGAAACUUCAGGCCAGUCUAUCGGGGGAACGUGCCUCUUUGUCCAACACCUUAUCAGACCCUGCCUGCACUAAUGGAGCUGUGUCUCACACCUGUAACACCAUCCGCUCCACGCUGGCCCAGCUGGGAAUCAACUCUGACUUCUCCAAUCUGCCAGAUGUUAAUCAUGCCUUAGUUAAUGUCAAUACCAUCCUGAGAACAGACCUCAGCAACAUUGUGCAAAAGGGUUACUCAUCCUUUAAUGAUACACCACAACUGGUUAAAGAACAAACUAAAAACAUUGUCUCAGCUCUACCUCGAGUGAAAGGCAUGUUGGAUAAGAUUGGUACAGAGAUCAUCAGCUUCUCCAAGAUGUUCCCAGUGGAACCUUCUCUGGUCAAUUUUACCAUUUUCCUCAACCAAGGACAGAAAAACAUUGAGUCCUUUUACCCCCAGGUUGACCAAAUAGAUUUUUACAGGUGGAUCGGCUGUGUGGCAGUGCUCUGCAUGGUCGUCCUGGUCCUGGCCUUUAACACUCUCGGACUGCUGUGUGGCGUCUGUGGCUACGACCAGCAAGCUACACCAACAACACGAGGCUGCCUAUCAAACACCGGCGGCAACCUGCUAAUGGCUGGGGUUGGCUUCUCUCUAAUCUUCGUCUGGAUGCUGAUGGCCAUCGUGACAACCUUGUUUGUUGCUGGUGGCAACGUAGAGAAGAUGAUGUGUGAACCGCUCGCUAACCGACAGCUAUUCAAGAUCAUAGACACACCAUUCCUGGUUCAUCCCGCCAAGAAGAAUUUCCUCCCUGGGAUGCUGUUUCAGAAUCCGAACAUUGACUUGACUUUGGGAAGCAUGUACAGGGACUGCUAUGAGAACAACGGUCUGUACCACUCUCUGCAGCUGGAGACAAUGUUCAACAUCAACUCCUUCCUCAACAGAACUGUGUACAACAAGGAUCUGGCCAAAGUGUUUGAGAGUGUGCAGGUCGACCUGCAGGACAUCAUGCUGCUGGAGCAGGCCGGCAGAGACAACCUCAUCAACUUCGCCAACUCUGGAGUUGGACAGAUCGACUAUGAAGCGUACCUGGCUGAGGUAAAUAAGGGAGUCACGCUCGUGGAUCUCUUGUCCUUCUCUACUGACCUGGAGGCUCAGGCCGACCAACUGCCACGAGGUGCUCUGGAGAACGCACUGAAAGGACACGCCAGCAGUAUCAGACAGAUUCACAGAGAACAUGUGGUCCCCAUGGAGCAAGCAAUGAAAUAUGUCAAAGCGCGGAGUACAAUGAGCCAGAGCAUCAAGCAACUGCAGAGGAUGUCCAGCGACCUGCCGGUCAAAAUCACAAAUAUCCUGAGUGCCAUCGAUGCAGCGGAGUACCUCAUCACUCAUAACGCCUCCCAUGUGGUGAAACGGGAAACCAAGGGCUACACACAGAGCUUGGUGGGAUACUUCAAACAGUACACAGACUGGGUUAAAAACUCAUUGACUGCAGAGGUGGCCCAGUGUAAACCCAUCAGUAACCUUGUGGACAGCAUGGAGAUAGUAGGGUGCAGCUUCAUAAUCGAUUCAGUGAACACAUUCUGGUUCGGUCUGGGAGGCUGCUGUAUCUUCCUCAUCCCCAGUAUCAUCCUUUCCAUCAAACUGGCCAAGUAUUACAGGAGGAUGGACACGGAGGACGUCUUUGAAGAUAUGGGUAAUACAGGUAAUCAUGGUGAACAAGUGUGUGGUGUCCACGGAGACCUCGCUGUGGUCAGCUCUCCCUAUUGCGACACUGUGACCCGGUUCCCUCGGGCCUCUGCUCCCCCAAGCCACAGUGACUGGUGACCCAAAGGAACGUGUUGAUGAGCGGACAAGAGAGCUGGAACUGAUAUUUCCCUCGUUGUAAGUCAUCUCAUCUGUCUACUCUCUUCAGGGAUAAUCAAACAGAAAACCCACUCUGUGAAAACUCCAGGUUAUUCCUGUCAUGGCCUCUCUCUUUUCUAGGAUCACUUGACUUUCCAGUUCUUCCCCUUCAGAUCUUAUUACACUUCCAAGGACCAAAGAGAAGAACAACAAUAAUCAGGAACUGGGUGGUGAGGGCGUCCCACCCCUCAGUGCCCCUUCAAGCCAUUUGACAAGGACCUCAGAUGCCAGCCAACUGUAAUUUAUCAAGUGUUUCUCAUACAUGUCGGUACCCGUCAGCAGCACCACAGCAGUGCUUCUAGUGUGUCAUACUGUACAUCCUCAGAGCAAUGUUCCCACAUAGCUAGUUUUACCUGUAGAGAAUACAUUUGUUUGUACCUACAUUAUCACUUUUAAGAUGGGGACACAAGUGUACAUUUUUUUUACGCUUUCAAAACUUUUGAAAGUUUUAUAUAUUUUUGUUAAUGUUUGUUUUAUAACACGCAAGUAGGUUUUUGUAGAGGUAGCUCUUUUCUUUCUUUUCUUUUCUUUGUCAAUACUUGUAAUGUAGCUUGCAUCAUUUUUGACUGGACAAGUUUCAUCGACCAGGGAAUUAUGGGAAAUACAUUUAUUUGCUUUCUUGUUGAGAGUUAGAUGAGGAGAUACCACUCUUGUGUCUUUUUAUUAAAUACCAGCUGUGAAACUUAGUUUUGUAUAAAGGCAAAAACAAAGUGUAGCAAGAGUCCUGCCAUGCUAGCUGUUGUGUCAACGUCAGCAUGCUAACAUGCUGAUGCCUAGUAGGUAUGAUAUUUACCAUGUUAAUCCUGUGAGUUUAGUGUGUUAUCAUACUAACAAUUGCUAAUUAGCACUAAACAAAGUAUGUGGCCAUGAACCAAAACCAAAAAAAAAUCAGGUGAUCACCAAAGAGAGUCAUCCUCUGCAAAAAGAGGACAUUUUAGAGCAAUCAAUAUUGCCAUUCAAAGAGCUACUAGCGUGGCUGAAAACAACAAUUUACAGGAGGUUAUGCACUGGAUUCAGGGGAAGACUGAUCCAUAUCCCCGGAAGAGGUCAUUGCCCUGUGAGAAGGAUCCGUUUCAAAAUGUAAACAGAUGUUAAUCAGUGAGCUUCAGAGGUUGCGGUCCCUUUGGGCAGAGGCAGGCUAACUGUUUUGUCAGUCUUUGUGCUAAGCUAACGUGACUGUGCUGUAGCUUCAUGGUUAGCACACAGACAUGAGAGUGCUAUUGAUCUUCUCGUCUAAAUUUCAGCAAGAAAACAAAAAAAAAAGGCUUUCCCCAAAAUGCCGAACUAUUCCUUUAAACACUGAAGAAGGAAAC